GUCUCACGGUGUGUCUCUGUCUCUCCAGGACGGAUUAUGAGGACCCUCACAAGACGCUACCCUCCCCGGUGGUGCAUGUGCGGGGGCUGGUCGACGGGGUGAUGGAGGCUGACCUGGUCGAGUCUAUGCAGGAGUUCGGACCCAUCAGCUACGUGGUGGUGAUGCCAAAGAAGAGGCAGGCCCUGGUGGAGUACGAGGAUCUGAACGGCGCCUGCAACGCUGUCAGCUACGCCACCGACAACCAGAUGUACAUCGCGGGGCACCCUGCCUUCGUGAACUACUCCACCAGCCAGAAGAUCUCGAGACCGGGGGACCCCGACGACUCCCGCAGUGUCAACAACGUGCUGCUGCUGACUGUCAUGAACCCCAUCUACCCCGUCACCACGGACGUCCUGUACACAAUCUGUAACCCCUGCGGGCCGGUGCAGAGGAUCGUUAUCUUCAGGAAGAACGGGGUGCAGGCCAUGGCAGAGUUCGACUCUGUGCAGAGCGCUCAGCGAGCCAAGGCUUCCCUCAAUGGAGCCGACAUCUACUCCGGCUGCUGCACCCUGAAGAUCGAGUAUGCCAAGCCCACCCGCCUCAAUGUGUUCAAGAAUGACCAGGACACCUGGGAUUACACCAACCCCAACCUCAGCGGACAAGUCGCGGACCUGAACGCCAAUCCCAAUAAGAGGCAGAGACAGCCGGCGUUGCUGGGUGAUCACCCUCCGGAAUACGGUGGUCCACAGGGGGGCUACCACGGCGGCCACUACCACGACGAGAGCUACGGGCCGCCCCCCCCUCCCCACUACGAGGGGGGGCGAAGGAUGGGGCCCCCCAUGGGAGGGCCGAGACGCGGGGGCCACAGCCAGCGGUACGGGGGUCCGCAGUACGGGCACCCCUCCCCCCCCCCGCCCCCUCCCCCAGAGUACAGCUCCCACGCAGACAGCCCCGUGCUGAUGGUGUACGGCCUGGAGCCGAGCAAGAUCAACGCGGACCGGGUCUUCAACGUGUUCUGUCUGUACGGCAACGUGGAGAGGGUGAAGUUCAUGAAAAGCAAGCCUGGUGCUGCCAUGGUGGAGAUGGGAGACGGGUUUGCAGUGGACCGGGCCAUCACUCACCUCAACAACAACUUCCUGUUUGGACAGAAGCUCAACGUGUGCGUGUCCAAGCAGCAGGCCAUCAUGCCCGGCCAGUCCUACGAGCUGGAGGACGGCAGCAGCAGCUUCAAGGAUUUCCACGGGACCCGAAACAACCGCUUCACCUCCCCAGAGCAGGCAGCCAAGAACCGCAUCCAGCACCCCAGCAACGUGCUGCACUUCUUCAACGCCCAGCCCGACGUGUCUGUGGAGAUCUUCAGCCAGAUCUGCGAGGACCUGGGAGUCAAGGGCCCGUCGUCUGUGAAACUGUUUUCAGGAAAGAGUGUGGGUCAGGGUGAGAGGAGCUCCUCCGGGCUGCUUGAGUGGGAGUCCAUCAAUGAUGCCAUGGAGGCUCUGGCCAUGCUGAACCACUUCCAGAUGAAGAACCCCAAUGGUCCGUAUCCCUACACCCUGAAACUGUGCUUCUCCACGGCCCAGAAUGCAAACUAACUUCACAGCGAACCCCCAAGCUGAGACGAGCCAGGAGACCCUGCAACCCCCCCCCAAAAAAAAUUGUUCCCAUUGACUACAAACUUGCCCCUGUCCUUCGCCCCCUUUUUAUGCCCGUGUUUGUAGAAAGGAUGUUUUCUUCAAGCAGUCUUGUGCUUGCUUUUCUUUUUUUGUUUCUGUUGCAUCAAAUAAAAUAAAGCACAUGAAAGUAUUCUGUUUUUAGAGAGAGGCAAAUACAACUUUUUGUACAAGUUUAUUUCUUUUUUUCUUAAAUGGUCUUGUUUUUGACAUUGCUAUGCUGCAUUACUUACCAGCACUAUAGUUCAAUUAAAAAUUGAUUAAAUAUAAAA